UUAUUCUAGCAGAAGAUAACAUAUAAGAUUGCUAGAAUUGAUAUGCUUUCUAUGUGAUUAAUGAUGCAGCAAAAGAUAGUGAUCAAGGUGCUUAAUCACAGUGAGAAAUGUCAAACCAUGGCUUUGAAGAUAGCUGCUACGAUGCAUGGUGUCAAUGAGGUAGCAAUACAAGGGAAAGAAAAAGAUGAACUGGUGGUGAUUGGAGAUGAAGUUGAUUCAGUUAAGUUGGUUUGCUGUCUUAGAAAGAAGCUUCGGACUUCUACCAUACUAAGCGUUGAAGAGAAGAAAGAGGAAAAGAAAGAGGAGAAGAAAGAUGAGAAAAAAGAUGAAAAAAUUCGAAGUUAUUAUGAUCACUAUCCAACGUAUUUAACAUCUGAAAUGGCUUAUGAUCCAUGCCAACCAACUUGUUCCAUCUUGUAAUAGAAUUCUAGUAUCUCGGACUUAUAUUUGCCUCUUCUGAUUUUGCCUAGGCUGUGUAAAGGGCAUCAUGAAUUGAGCGUUGUUGAUGAUGUGAUUCAUUCCUGAAGACUUUCUGCAACUGAUUAGAAUUCUGUCAUAUCAAUGCAACCUUGAAAAUUUCAUGUUUAGCAUGUCCAUCUAUGAUUUUUUCUUCUUUUUUUUUUUUCGGUUUCUGCUAUAUUUGUAUAAGUUUAAAGGAAGAAGAUUCAAUUUAUGGUCAUGAAUGAUACUCCAUCAUCAUCCCAUUGUCUCCAAGGAACAGGAAUCAUCAGCCCCAGCCUCAGCCU